AUGAAGACAGAAUGUGAUCACGAAUUAAAUAUAUACUUAGCUUCAAUUUUAAAAGAACUUAUUACUGAAAAAAGCCAAGAAAAAAAUACAAUCAAUCAAAUUAUGAACAAUCAAAAAGGCAUUGGAAGCUAUUCAAAAUGGUGUAAAAAAUAUAACAUGACCAAUAUAAAUAAUAAAAAACGUACUUGUUCUAAAUGUAAUGAAAAAUUAGAUACAUUAGCUAUCUUACAAGCCAAAUCCACUAAAAAAUUAACUCAGGUUGAUAAAAAUAUACCUUCUCAAUCAGGAACUCCUAUAAUAAAGAUCUAUGAAUAUACUCAAGAAAAAGCUUCUUAUUUAGAGCAUAUUAGUAUCACGCAACAAUCUAAACCCAAUCAAAAUGUUGUUAUUCCAGAAAUGCAUAUGCCAGAUCUGUUGGAAGUUAAUCCUAAUUCAUUAAAUAAUGUAAAAAAGGUUUUAGAACAUAUACAAAGUAUCACUGAAAUCGAUGAAGGGGCUUUUAAAAAUAACAAGCAAAGUCUUUUACCUCGGCCAAUACCUAUUACUGCACAAAAAGAAGAAGCAGCCAUAAGCAAGGAAAAUAUGAAGAAAGAUGAUCUUUUAGUAUUUAUUAAUUCAUUAUUGAAUUCUAUUAAUAUCUCUGAUCGUCCAAAAUAUCGUGGGUUAAAGCAAAAAACUCGUAGCCAAUUGCUAGAAAUAUUGCAAAGUAUUAAAAAUCUGUACAAUGACCAGGAUGAACCUGAAAAUGAGAUAGAACCAGAGAAUAAAUAA